AUGGCUGUCGAUAAAGAUGUAGUUCAUUGUUACAUGAUCGAUCAAAUUAGUCGUGAUCCAGUUAGAUUUCGGAAAAAAUAUUAUAAAAAAGCUAUAGUGGUUUCCUGGAUUCUAACUGUAACAUUGAUGGCUCUUAAUGUUGGAAAAUUUCUCUUCCCGUACGAAAAAGCAGACUGUUCAAAAACUCAGAUUUAUGUAGCUGCGGCAAUUGUUGCAUUGAGUUGCAAAGCGCCUUUAGCAAUAAUUGAGAUUAUACCUCCGUAUGAGACAUCGACAAGCAUUAAUUCUCACCGUAUAAUUAUCUUACACUUGGCAGCUAUGGCGACAGCUCUGAUAAAUCCUGUUCUCUACUACAUUUUUGAUGAAAAUUACCGCAAAAAAUGUUGCUACAAACCUCAAUCGCUAGAUCGAUAUCGACAACCAGACCUUAAAUUGGCGGAAUUGGACCUACCAGAUUCUACCUGUGAAAUUGCCGUAUAG